AUGUCUUUACUUUAUACACAUUCAGUGGAUAAAUUGUUAGAUAUCAUUACUCGGGGUAUUGGUAGUUCCCAUUAUAAAGAUAUUUCAGAAAUCCUUACUGCUCUGGAUCAGUUUCAGCAGGACCCAGACGUUUUGGAUAAGUAUCUUGAAGGGUGGAUCCAGAAGUUAAUAGAACAAUUUUUCGAUGACUCGGUGGAUAUUCAAGUAAAUGUUGCAAAACUGUUUUAUACGUUUGCUAGGAUAUGUAAUUGGAAAAAAAUAUUUAUACAACUACCUUCAGACAUUUAUCUGUUGCCUAAAGUUUUACAAUUUCUAACAGAUGAUGAUUCCAAUUUCAAUGACGGUGUAUGGGAGGUAAAUUAUCUGUUGUUAUCAUGGUUAUCUAUUCUUGUUAUGUCCCCAUUUAAAUUAUCCAAUGAUGAAGAAAUAUUUUUGAUCUCGAAUAAAUUUAUGAAUAAAUCUCAGACAUUGAAGCCUAUAGUGUCACAUAUUCAUUCGGAAUUACUCAUAAGAAAUCAAUCAUUAUAUUUGAAACAUUACAACCAAAGUACAAGUGAUCAGAAUACUAGUUUAAACUGUUUAACUUUGAAUAAUUUAUUGAAAUUGAUUAUAACCAAGUCACUUAAUAAUUUCAACUAUUUUGAUAAUGUAACAAUCAUGAAUUUCACAAAUCGAAUAUUAAACAAAGAGACCAGUAGUUCAAUACAGAUUAUAGAUAUUAAAAUAUUGACUAAAUUAUUUAAAUUAAAUGUUUUUCAUGAAAAUUGGGAUAUCCUUGAUGAUAUUAUUAAUUUUUUUUCGUAUAAUUUAUCAUCUUCAUCUACUAAUAUUAGAUUUCAAUUAGCACAUUCAUUUGCCAAGAUCAUUAAAAUAAUAAUAGAUGAUAUGCGAGAUACUUCAAUGGUUUCAGAAUUGUUAUCAUUUUGCCAAACCGAAUCUGAAUCAUUGUUAUUAGAGAAUUGGGAUUUGAUCGAUUUAGAUAAAUUACAUACUCUUUUAUUAAUGCUUGCUGAAAAUUCCAAAUAUAUUGUUCAAAAUGAAAAAUCGAUAUGUACUACUAUCUUCAGUAAUAUAGUUCCUCAUACUUCUCAUUUCCAACAAAGGAGAUUGAAUCAAAUUAAAGGAACUCAAAUUAGAGAUGCUUCAAAUUUUAUUUGUUGGUCAUUCAGUAGAUGUCCCGAUUUACCAAAGGACGUUUUACAAAAUGGAUUUUUAAAUCUGUUAUUAUGUUCUCUUUCUGACCCAGAAUUAGUUAUACGAAAGUCUGCCAAUGCUGCCCUUCAAGAGAUUCUUGGUAGAUAUGGUAGAAAUUUUUUAAAUGAUACAAUUAUUUUAAGAAUUAUUGAAUUGAAAAUAACAGAUUCUCAAAAAUCAUUAAUAAAUAAUACACUGAUCUUGUAUGAUUUAUUAAUGGAAUCAUAUCCUAGUUAUUUCGAAUUUAUUAUGGUAUGGUUAAUUAAAUUUAAUGUUUUCCAAAAUCAUGAUUUAAGAUUACUGAAAGAUAGUAUAACUACUGUUUCUAUAAUAUUGGAUAAAUAUGCUUCAAAUUUAUCUCAUAUCUGUGAAUUAAUAUUGGAUUUAACUAGCAUUAUAAGGACACCAAUUGAUGCAGGGAAAUCCUUGUCGCUUUUAUUGGAAGUUCAUAAACAUUUGGAGAUUAGCAAAUUGAAACAAAACAUUGGGAUUUCUAUAAAUAUUUUAUUAAAGACAAACUCUAUUAAAAAAUUAAAUACUUCAAAUGAAAUAUUUAAACAAUUAGCGUUAUUAAAAUUUUGGAAGUAUUCUCUUUCAAAUGAUGAGACAUUUGUUUUAAGUAAACAGCAUAUUGAUUUGAUGUUAAUGAUAAUUCGUAACGUUUCUAUGGCUACUCCAUUUUUAGAAGAUUUUAAAAUGAUCUUUAAAGAUAUUAUCUUGUUGGUUAAGCAAGAGCAAGGUUUUGUCGAUAAAGAUUUGCAGGAUGAAUUUUGGAAAACUAUGGAAAGAUUUAUUCAUUUCAAUUGUCCAUUAGCUUGUUAUUUAUUAUCAUUUUUCCAACCUCUUUAUUUUACUGAAUUAUUUUUCAAAUACAUUUCCAAUAUGAGCCCCUUGAAUAAAUCAUUAUUAUUAGAAUCUUUAAAUUUUACAAUUUUAGAUAUACUUGAGGCAACUGGUUCAAGAAUUUUAGAUGUAAUUAUCGAGUUUUUAAAUGACUAUACAACAUCAGAGCAAGGUGAUGUCGGUAGGUUUGUGAGGACAAGUGCUAUAACUUUAAUUAAAAGUCAUCAAACGAUAUUUUGGAGUCCUAAAUUUACAAAUAAAACCCAAUUGGUUGAUAAUGUCAUCAGGUUAAUUGGUGAGCCUUUAACUAGUUUAAGAAUAUUAACAUUUGAAUUUCUUUGUGAAGUUUAUGAUCAUGAAUUUAGUAAAGAUGCAAAUUUUAAUGAAGAAAUUCUUUUGUUUCAAAGAAGAAUUUUUAAUAAUAAGAAUAUAAAUUUCUGGAAAGGGUAUGCACUUUCCUUAGGUGCUAUUCAUUCCACGGAUAUUCAAAUAACCUCAGCAUUGGAUAGCUUUUUAAAAUAUUAUGAUAGUAUCGAGGGAGAAUCUGAAAAAUUGGAAUUGUGUAACGAUUUAAUUAGGAUAAUCCCCACAGCAAAAGUGUUGCAAGAUUCUAAAAAUAAUCAACUCCUGAACUCUGCUACGGGUAUUGUUGCCUUUGAUAUAAUUAAAUUUACGGUCACUUGUAUUAACAUGUGGAUAAGAUUAUUUGAAUCUAAUAUCCAUAUUAUACCAACUUUCAACUAUCAAGGUGUUUAUAGCAAGUUUUAUAAUAUACACCUUGUCAAUAAUAAUACUUUAAGGUUGCAUGUUUUGAAACUAUUCCCCUUUAUCGCCAUAUCUCAACAUUCUAACGUUAUUAACGGUGAUUUAGCAUUCCCCAAUUCUAUUAUACAAAGGUUUUGGCAAGUAGGUGCAAAAAAAGAGAAUAAGUUGUCAAAGCCUAUACAAACAGCUUGUAUUGAAGGUAUAUUACUAAUUCUAAUAUCGUACAACCAACUGGAUAAGGUUAAUCUAUUGAUUGAAGCUAAGGGGGAUUCAGAUUUACUUUAUGAUGAUAAUUUGCUAAGGGAUAUAUUAAUUACUAGAUAA